AUGCGCAGAGCGUUCCAGGCUCAGUUCGUGGACCUACAACUGCUGCUCAAGUACACCGUGGCGUUGGUCGAGGUCAUGGGGUUUCCGGAGGACAGGCCGAACCUGCUCACCUUCCAGCUUGUAUCAGGUGGCGUCAACCUGACCGCGGUCAGUCCCGACAGACCACCAGCCGUGGACGAAGAGGAGCUCCGGCAGCUGAUGGAGUCCGGACGUGCCGCCGUGAGGGCUUCUACUGAGCACUUCCUGAACACCGAGUUUCGGGCCGCACUGCAGAGGGCCGUGGCACGAAAGCCCAUGCCAAAGCCGUGAGCCAGGAUUUACCCCAACGUCAAGCGCGGUCGACACAAACGAAUGCA